AUGUCUGAGACCUUCGAGUUCCAGGCUGAAAUCUCUCAGCUGCUCUCGCUGAUCAUUAACACCGUCUACUCCAACAAGGAAAUUUUCCUUCGUGAGUUGAUCUCCAACGCCUCCGAUGCUCUCGACAAGAUCCGCUACGAGGCUCUCUCCGACCCCUCUAAGCUCGAUUCCAACAAGGAUCUGCGCAUCGACAUCAUCCCCGACCUGGAGAACAAGACCCUCACCAUCCGCGAUACCGGUAUUGGUAUGACCAAGGCUGACCUGAUCAACAACCUUGGAACAAUUGCCCGCUCCGGCACCAAGCAGUUCAUGGAGGCUCUGUCCGCCGGUGCUGAUAUCUCCAUGAUCGGCCAGUUCGGUGUCGGUUUCUACUCUGCCUACCUGGUCGCUGACCGUGUCACCUUUGUGUCCAAGCACAACGAUGACGAGCAGUACAUCUGGGAGUCCGCCGCCGGUGGCACUUUCACCCUUAAGGAGGACACCGAAGGCGAGCAGCUCGGCCGUGGUCGUUCGCAAGCACUCCGAGUUCAUCUCCUACCCCAUCUACCUUCACGUCCUGAAGGAGACCGAGACCGAGGUCCCCGAUGAGGAGGCCG